CCGACCUCUCUCACUUCCUUAGCAACGCGCGGCUGUACCCGGAAGUGCUUGGAGACGUUUGUAACGAACCGGCUAACGUUGACAAGUGACAGUUGGAACUUUUACGAGUACAAUCAUCCUUCCUUUGUGCGCCGUGUCGCUUAUGGAAGACUAGUAAAAGAGUGCUUCCCCCCAAAAAGUUUUGCCACACAAUUGUGUGUAAUGGGCGAUGACAAGUAAUGCAGAGGAUAUGGAAAGUCCUCAGAAGACUGCUGCAGAGCAGCAAACACCAUUAUUCAAAGACACUUCAUGGCACAAUACACGAGACUCAAUCCAGAAUCAUAAGCUAAGUGUCGGUGGAUUUGUUUUAGUGCAUGCAGGUGCAGGAUACCAUUCAGAAUCAAAGGCCAAGGAAUACAAACAUGUAUGCAAAAGGGCUUGCCAGCAAGCUGUGGAGCAGCUCAAAUCAGGAGCACUUGCAGUUGAAGCAGUGGCUGCAGCACUGGUGGAGCUUGAGGACUCUCCUUUUACAAAUGCGGGCACUGGCUCUAACCUUAACUUGUCAGGGGAAAUAGAAUGUGAUGCCAGUGUCAUGGAUGGUAAAUCACUGCAAUAUGGGGCUGUAGGUGCUAUUAGUGGAAUCAAGAACCCCAUUAUGGUUGCAAAUAGACUACUAAGUGAAGCACAAAAAGGGAAAUUAUCAGCAGGAAGAAUACCCCCUUGCUUUUUAGUGGGACGGGGUGCACAUGAGUGGGCUGUUGGCCACGGUGUCCCACCCUGUCUCUCUGAGAAAAUGGCCACAAAAUUUAGUUUGUCUGCCUACAAGCGGAACAAAAGAAAGAUGGAGCUGGCUGAGAAAAUGGAUGCGGGGCGUAAUCAAACAAAGAAGAGGCGACAAUCAAGUGGAAACGAAAAUGGUUCCGGGAUCCUUGACACUGUUGGAGCCAUUGUGGUUGACAUGCAAGGUAAUGUAGCUGCAGCAGUGUCCAGUGGAGGUCUGGCCAUGAAACAUCCAGGCAGGGUUGGCCAGGCUGCUCAUUAUGGAUGUGGCUGUUGGGCUGAAAAUGCUUGUAACAUGAACCCUUACGCUACAGCAGUCAGUACCUCAGGCUGUGGUGAGCAUUUGAUUCGCACCAUGCUAGCACGGGAAUGCUCUGCGGCCAUGCAGUCGAAAGAUGCUCAUCAAGCAUUGCUCGAGGCUAUGCAAAACAAGUUCAUCAGCUCACCUUUUUUGGCAAGUGAAGAUCGAGUUUUGGGUGGAGUAAUUGUCUUGCGGUGCUGCAGAUGUGUGGAACCUCAGCCAUCUUCAAAUAUUCAGGGUGCACUAGUGGAGUUUCAUUGGAGUCACACGACAGAAAGCAUGUGUAUUGGCUACAUGUCGGCCCAAGAUAGCAAAGCAAAGACACACAUAUCCAGAUUACCACCUGGGACCGUUCCUGGUCAAUCCUUGGCCAUCGAGGGAGGGGUUUGUCGCCUGAUGAGCAUGGCGGAGUGAAUCUCAUUUCUAUUUUCAUCUUCUAAAGCAAUACUCCAAUACACCCGUGUGUUAGUGACACAACACAACAUGCUUGGGUGUUUCGCUUGUAGUUUGCGCACUUGCAGGACUUCCAUAUGCUGGAAUAUACUUGAUACACUGUUGCCUUUUUUGUGCCACUUCUCUCUCUUUUCCACAGAUGCUUUUUUCCUAUUAAGUGUAGAUAAGCUACUGUAAUCUAAUAAGGUAAACAGGGUGUGUUGUUUUGUAUUGCUCCACUUAUGAAACUAUUUUUGAACUUUAAGGGAUGACUGUAAAAAAUUGAACUUUAAAAUGCUUUUCAAAUGUAAAAUACAGUCUUUACUGUAUAUCUAAAAGUAGGCUCUGACAUUGAGCAUUUGCUAAGUGAUAAAUACACUCACUUGGUGUUGACGUCUCACAACUAAUUGUCACACAUAUUGUACAAUGAAGAAUGACAUGCUUCUUAGAUAACGAGACAUACGGACUAUGUUUACACUGAUUUUUGCAGUGUUAUAUACGGCAAGUAAAAUGUGAUCUUUAUCAGACUCCAGUAUAAACGCGCACAGGCCCCAUUCUGGCCUCGACGUCACUCGCAUGCACAGUUUGAUAAAGUGAUGAUGAAGGAAGUUGACCGAACUCUAAACAUGGAAGUUGCUACUACUACUACUGUAAAUUCCGGAGUAUCAGACACUACUUUUUUCUUACCCUUAGAAUUCUGCGGCUUAUAAGACUAUGCGGUUAAUUUAUUGAUUUUUCUCCGAUAAAAGCCAUAAUAAAAAGUAAAAAGAAACGUACAAAAAAAAAGCAAAUACACCUAAAAAGUGUUUUAUUGUUUGUGCUAUGGCACCAUCAUAUGGACGACUUUGUUCACUGCAGGUGUCCCUCCAUUUAAGGGUAGUGCUUUUUUUUUCCCCACCGGAGUGCUGUUUGUCUUCCAGCCUUGCAUAGCGUUUCGACUCUCAUGGAUUCUUCCUUCAUCACUCCAAGCAACGUUUGUAAGUUUUACAGUACAACUUAAACAGUAGUAGUGUUUUCAUGCAUAUUUGUCAUUGCUAUCCUAAUGUAAUGACGCUAGCGUCAUUAGCAUGAGCUAAUAUGCUAACACAUUUACCACUAGAGCUGCGUUUCCAUUGCAGUUUUCGCAAAAUAGCGUUAUUCUCGUAAAAUCAGCAUAAUUUGAAGAAGAUCAUGUGGCAACCUCUGAGGAAGGCAACAGUUGUAGCUGAAACCGUCAGGUACGGAAAUGAACACACAGGUCUGGCUAUAAGUAACAAAUUGUACUUGCUAUAGCGGCCAACGCUGUUGCCGUGAUGUCAAUAGAGGGCGAUUGCUCAAAGGCAACAUCCUUAUGGCUCCCUUGUGGGUACUGCUACGAAGGAACCCACCAGACGGCCUGAUUUUGAUUUAACCUUUAUUAGUAGAUUGCACAGUACAGUACAUAUUCUGUACAAUUGACAACUAAAUGGUAACUUCCAAAUACGUUUUUCAACUUGUUUAAUUAAUGGGAGAUGUCGCCUUGCUCACCUCCCGGCCGACUGAUCGGAAGGAAGCAAGACAACCCGUCUCCUCUAGUUGUACUGCGUUGACGCCAUACAGGUUCAGUGUUUAGGUUUUUUAUUAUGCUUUUGCGAAGCACGUCAAUAUCAAAACGUCUCAAACACCCCCUCAUGAGCGCGCACAAAUAUUUUAGCGAUAUUUGAAUGUUUUUUCGAAAUAUGUUUGUUUCCAUCGUUUUUUAUUGCAAUAUUUAGUAUUAUUAAUGUACAAUGCCAUCAUUUAUAAUAUUGUUUCAGUUUCACAAAAUCCUAAGUAAAAUCACCAAGAAGCCGUCAUGGAGUUAUUGAGUUUGUUUAGCUGAUUGGAUAGCUAGCUUUCGCAACUUGUAUUUUGUUUGAUCAGCCGUUUUACUGCUGUGUUACACACCAUUUGGAAACAAUUAAAACGUAUGUAAAUAAACAUUUGCAAAAUCUGUGUAAAUAACUAACUGCACAACAUAUAUUUCUGUGGCUUAAAGUAAGGUGCGGCUAAAAUAUGAAUAAAUGUGUUUUUAGUGGGUGCGACUUAUAUCCUGGUGCGCUCUAUAGUCCAGUAAAUAUAGUACAAUAUAAAAGUCGCCACACCUAAAAAAAAUGUUUUUUAUGUGAAAAUGAAUUAAAGCAAUAUAACAUAAAUGGACAUAUAUUGUGCAAUAUAUUUGAGAGGGUUCUGUUUUGUAUGGCUGUUAGCAGAGGAGACACGGACAGCAGGGUGAAUCUGUUUAUGCUUUAUUUUUCGACACAACUUACGCAUGUAUGUAACAUCUAAAAAAUACGCCACAGUGUACAUGUUGAUCCCACUCCUUCAACAAUCGCUAUUUCUUGUUAAUCAAAAUAUAUACUAUAUAUAUCUUCAUAUGUUGCAUAUAGCCUAAUAUUCACGCACUAUUGACAAGUGAUGCACCAAAAAUUUUGACCACUGAAAAGAUACUUUGCUCACCAAAGGAUGAUGUAUCCAUUUCCGCUGGCGGUCGGGUUUCCUGCGCACACGAAUGGCGUAGCUCGCCCAAAGAUGCCGUAAAAGUCGCAAUGUCGCAUUUCUGUUUAGACUGCAGUCACAUUUGGAAAGAUCAGAUUCCAGUCAAAUUCAGACCACGUCCUGAUUUGGCCUAAAUCUGAUGUGAAAAGAUCAGAUUUAAAGCACUUUGGAGCAUUUGAAGCGACAAAAAAUAUAUCUGUUCACUUGAGGGCAACAAAAUCAGAUUUGGUGUACUGUGUAAACGAGUACUGUCAGUCUUUUAAACCAUGAAAUAGGUUAAACAAGUAACUUAGGAGUGCAUGUAUACAGUAUAAUCUCCCCUCAAUCACAAAGAAGCAGGAUGCAUACAGUAUUUCCUUGAAUUGCCGCCAGGGCGCUAAUUUAUUUAAAACCUCUUUUCACCCCUGCGCUUACCAAAGGCAUGCGGUAAUAGUAAGCAUGCGCUAAUUAUUUUAAAACCUCUUCUCACUCUGGCACUUACCAAAGGCAUGCUGUAAAAAUUUGAGUGUGAUGUAAGCUGGGACCUUAAAUCCUACUGAAUAGCUCUUAAUCUUCUGUUUAUGCAAUUUCCAAUUACCGGUAUUGAAAUCAGCCUCCUCCAUUUUGAAAAUGUUGACAGGGGAAGUGUCAUUUGUGACGUCACAAGUUUUACCAGGCGGUAAUACUAAGCAUGUGCUAAUUAUUUUGCGAAGCAAGUUUGACCCGGCAGUAAUUCAAGGCAGGCACAUACUAUAUACCCUGCGGCAAUUCAAGGAAAUACGGUAUAUGCACUUCAAUUGCUACGCUAAAUAGCACUGGAGUAGUAGUUCAUAUAUCUACUCCAAAGAAUGACUCUUAGCAAAACCAUUGAAAUAGUGCGUAUUUAUGUAGUUACUUUAAGAGACACAUGUAUUUUGUUGAAAGAAGGGUAAUUCAAAUCUAAUUUAUUAUAGGGGUGAAGUUGCUAGAUAAAAAGUAGCUAGUAAAAAGUCUUAGGAAAAUUAUUUGAAUGUAUUAUUGUUUCCUGACAAUGCAGCAUAAAACUGUACAAAAUGUUAAAAUCCUAAUGUGCACAGCUCUACACGCAAUUAAACUCUUAUGUUACUGUGUAACUGUGUCCAACUCCAGUCUGUUUACCUUCAAGACUUUUUCUUAGAAUUGUAGUGUUUCUUCUACAAGAAAGACAUGCAUAGCUAUUUGGAGAAAAUAUUUCCAGGCCUGAAAGACAGCAUUAUAUUCUGAACUGUGGACUGUCAAAAAUGUAUAGUCUGGGAAUAAAUUACAUGCUGGUUGGAAAAAAAACACAGCAGACGGUUUCCAGUAUGCUAAAACGCCUAUGAAAGUAUAUUGAGGAGCUGCAAUUUUUACUUUUUUGGAUUUUUACCUCAUAACAUACUUAGUUUUAACUAUAUUCAAACAGAUGUGGUGUUUAAUGAGGUUACCGUGUCACUUGCUCAAAUUUCUAACAAUCUGACUUCUGUGGCAAAACAAGAUCUAAGUAGAACUGCACUUUUUUUUAUGGAAUUUUGCAUAUCGUACGCCUGCUGUAUGUGCGAUUAAACAAGUAUUUCCCUUUGUAAAGCAUUCUAAAUAUUGAAAAACUGAGUAUGAUGAGGCUACCAAUACAGGUAAUGAAAGUCAUCCAGUUACAUGUUUUGAUUUACAUACAACCCUUGGAAAAUUUUGGAAACACCAGUCUUGGAGGAUGCUUAUUCAUUGUUUGUUUUUAUAGGGAAAAAAAAAUCACAAGACACGACACAUAACUAGUAAUUUCAAAUUAAACUUGAAUAAAUCCUGGAGAAAUAGUAAUUUCAAAUUAAACUUGAAUAAAUCCUGAAAAAAUAGUAAUUUCAAAUUAAACUACAAUAAAACCCGAAAAUAAUUUGUGGUCGUCUGUAAAAGUAUAUUUUUUUCAUCAAGCAAGAGUUAAAAAAAAUCUUACGGAAUCACCCCUUUUUGAAAAUAUGAUGAAAAACAAACCGUAACACUACAACACAGCAUUAGUACUUUGUUGCACCACCUCUGGCUUUUAUGACAGUUUGCAGUCUCUGAGGCAUGGACCUAACAAUAGACACAGAAAUCAUCAUCCAUCGUGCUCGAUCUUUCUCUGAUUGCUGUUGUCAGACCAGCUUUGGGGCGGUAUAGCUCUGUUGGUUGAGUGCCCGUGCCAGCAACUUGAGGGUUCCAGGUUUGAUUCCCGCUCUCGCCAUCCGAGUCACUGCCGAUGUGUCCUUGGGCAAAACACUUUACCCACCUGCUCCCAGUGCCACCCACACAGGUUUAAAUGUAACUUAGAUAUUGGGUUUCACUAUGUAAAGCGCUUUGAGUCACUAGAGAAAAGCGCUAUAUAAAUAUAAUUAACUUCACUUCACAUUUUCCACCACUUUUCCUUAAUAAUGUUGACAAAAUAGUAGAAUGAUAAAUGACACAAUAUGUUACUGCAUACGUCAGCAGCUAAAUUAAAAGCCUUUGUUUGCUUACUUACUAAUAAAAGACAAGUUGUCUUGUAUGUUCACUAUUUUAUUUAAGGACAUUCUUGCAAUAAGAAACAUGUUUAAAGUACCCUUAAGAUUUUUUUGUUGAAUUAAAGCCAAAAAUGCAA